AUGUAUACAAAAAAUCGACGAAAAACUCAUACAGAAAAUAUGGAAAUUACUACAGCAGAAAGAGAUACUGGUGAAGAAGACGAUGAAACGAAUAAAAAACAUUAUGAAAAACAAGAAAUUAAAGCAUUAAAAGGUAAAGGACAUAAACAAUCCCGAGAUUUAUUAACAACAACAAAUGGUGCAUCUUCAUUGUCUAAUCUUUCAUUACCUAUAAAUAAUGAUAAAUCUGCUAGUUACGUAGCCCAUUUACUUCAUGAAGCUGAUCUUACUAGUCUUGUUCAAUUGGAUACAAUUAAUCAAAUAAGAUAUUUUCUUGAUGAACGUGCUGAUCUUAUUAAUCAAAUGGAGUUUACUCGUACACAGUUUGAAAAACAAUAUGCAACGUUAAAACGUCGUCUUGAUGAAACCGAAAGUGAAAAUGAACGUCUUAAAGCACAAUAUCGUUCAUCAUCAAAAGAACUUGCUCUAUAUAAAAAUCUUGUUGAAGCACCUGAUAAUCCUGAAUCACCACGUAAAUCGAAAGAUUAUCAACAAUUAAAAUUAACUAUUGAUAAAGUUUUACAAGAAAAUGAACGUUUAUAUUCCGAAUUAAAUAAUUUUAAAACAAGUGAUCCUGUUUAUGAUCAAGUUAAAUUAUUAGAAAUUAAUAAUAAAAAAUUAAAAGAUGAAUUAAAUAAAAUAACAAAUGAAAAUAAUCAUUUUAAAAAAAUAAUCAAUCUUGAUGAAAUUAAACAUUUAAAAGCAAAUUUAAUAAAAACAAUUGAAGAAUGUGAAAAAUUAAAAUUAAUUAAUAAAAAACUUACACAACAAUGUCAACAAUCAACAUCAUCACCAAAACAGGCACAUUUUUAUCUUUCUCCUUCAUCAUCUCCAAUAUCUAAUCAACAACAACUAUCACCAAUUUCACAUCGUUCUUCAAGAAUAAUUGAUGAAAAUCUUUCAAAACAAUAUUCAUCAAAUGAAGUUAUUGAAUUACGUGAGCAUGUUCAUCGUUUAGAACAAACAUUACAUAAACGUGAUUAUGAAUUACAAAAAUUACAAAAUGAAAUCGACAAAGGUACAAGUUCAAUAAUGAGUUCAAUAGAAGAUCUUUAUACGGCUUCAUCCAAUGUUUCAUCACCAAAAAGUAUUCUUAAACAUCAACCAUCUAUUGUUCAAUUACAAAAUGAAAUAGAUCAAUUACAUGAUAAAUUAGAUGAAUUAACACGUGAAAAUCAAAUAUUAAAAAAUCGUACACAAGAAUUUGAUACAAUUUAUGAAGAAAAUGAAUAUCUUUAUGCUGAAAAAAGUCAAUGUAAUGAAGAAAUGGAACGUUCUAGAAUACGAAUGUUAGUACUUGAACAAGAAAUUCAUACAUUAAAAGAACGUGAAAAAGAAUUUAUUUUAACAAAUGAUCCAUCAAUAACAAUAGAUAAUUCUAAUACAUCACAAUUAAAAUUAAAAAUUGAUUGGUUAAAUCAAACAAAUAAUCAAUUAGAACUUGAAGUUGUUCGUUUACGUGAACAAAUAGAUUCAAUAACAAAAAAAUUUCAACAAACUAAACGAGAUCUAAUCAAUAAGACUCAACAUUAUAAGCAAAUUUUAGAAGCAACUCAAGAUACACAAAAACUUCCUCAAGAAUUGGCUCGUAUUGAAAAACUUUAUAGUGAUAUGGAAACUAAAUUUGAACAUGAACGACAAGAGUAUGAAAAAACAAUUGCAGCUUUAGAAGAACAAAGUGAACAAAGAGAACAAAAAUAUAGUGCUCUUUAUGAUACAAUUCUUAAACUUCAAAAUGAUUAUCGGCAAAAAGAACUUGAUUUUGUUCAACAAAUGGAUGACGUUAUUAAUCAACGCGACACUCUUCAUGCAAAAUUAACUUCUUUUCAAAGUGUCUAUGAACAAAUUCAAAAAGAAAAUAGAGCUCUAGAAGAAGAAAUAAACUCAAAAAAUGCAACAAAUCGAGAUCUUAAAUUUGCUUUAACAUCAUCAACUAAUGAUACUCAAACAAUCUAUAAUCAAUUACAUCAAUUAAAUACAAAUUUAAGUGAUUUACAAAAAAAAUAUGAUCAUGAUAUAGCUGAACGUAAUUCUCAAAUAGAAAUUUUACGUACUGAACAAAAACAAAUGACUACACAUUAUGAUGGUGAAUUAUUUAAAACUCAUCAAACAAUUAUUCAAUUACAACACGAUAAUAAUCAAUAUAUCAGUCAAUUAGAACGGUAUCGAUCAAAUAUUGAUAAACUUAAAUCUGAAAUCAAUGAAAAACAAAAUUUUAUUGAACAAAUACAAAAUGAUUUAAAUGAAAGAUCAGCAUUACACCUUAAUAUUAAUAAUCAAUUAACACAAGAAAAUAAAGUAAAAGCAGUAAAGAUAGCUGAACUUGAACAAGCUAUAUAUGAAGAACAACAACAUAAAGCAGAAUUACAACGAACUAUUCAAGAAUUACAAACAGAACUACUUAAAUCUCGUAUGAUAGCUAAAGAAUCUGUAGAAAAAAGUGAAGAAUUCGAACGACGUUUUCGUGAAACUGAUAAACAUUUUAUUCAUUUAAAUGAAACAACUGAACCUACAAAACGUGAAAUAAAUAGUUUACGAUUUGAAUUAUUAACAAAAUCUGAUCAAAAUACAAUGUUACAAAAUACUAUUGAAGAUGAAAAACUUAAACGACAAAGACUUGAACUAAAAUUAAAACGAUUAAAAGAAGAAUAUGUUAAUGUACGUAAAGAACUCUAUGCUCGUAUUGAAGAAAAUAAUGCAUUACAACAUGAGCUUGUUGAAUAUCGAUUUAAAGUUGAUUAUUAUUCACAAUUGAAUAAUCAAACAUUACAUUUAAUGGCACCUUCUAACGAAAAAGAAUCAUCGACUGCUAUUCAAUUAUAUUUAAAAGAAAAGGCCGAUAGUCAAUGUUGGCAGUCAAAAUGUCGAAUAUAUCAACAAAAAAUUGAACAAUUACAAAAAAAUUAUGAAUUAACUAGAGAUAAAUAUAAACAGCGUUUACAAGAAGAACGAGGUAUAUUUGAACGUACGAAAAUUAAAUAUCUUGAUCAUAUGAAAAAUAUUCAAAAGGAUUUACAUGAAACACGACAGUUACUAGAAAAAGAUGCCGAAUUAAAAAUGAACCAAGAAUCAGCAUAUCAAGAAUUGAUUGAUGAACGAAGACAAUUACUUACAAGUAUGCUUGACAAAGAUGCCAAAGUGCGUGAAAUGCGUCGUGAAAAUCUUUUAUUAACAUCAAAAAUUCAAUUACUUGAAAAUCAAAUGGAACAUUUAAAUGAUCGUGUUGAUCGAACAUUACGUGAACGAAGUCAAUUUCGUCUAGAUGUUAAUAGUGUUCGAUUAGAUAGUAAUGUUUCAAUUGAAACAAGUGCUCGUUCAUCACCAGUUUUACCUUCAAGAAGAUCAACAACUGUUAUUGAUUCAACAGGAUGGACUCAACCUGUUUAUUAUACAGAAUCAUUUGGUUUUAAUAAUGACCCUCAAAGUGAAACACCUGCUCUUUCUUAA